AUGAAUCAACGUGGAUUAGUAAUGGAGGAAAAUGCCAGAAUGCUUUGCGUCAUGGAUUAUAUGUGCCUUACGAACGACGUUGAUCCAAAAUUAGGAUUCAAAACGCAUAAAUCGGGAUUAGGUCCAGAAGCCAUUGUAUCGCCAAGGUACGAGAAUACAUUUUUAUCGCUGAAGGAAGCAUACUCUAAGGCAAUGGGGAAGGACUCAAGAAUUGCAUUAGAAAUAUGCAACAGAUAUCCUAAUGACGACGGGUGUGGCGUCAAAAUCACUGCCUGGAAGGUUAUUUGGAAUAACCAAAUAAUCAAUGAACUCUACGGUAGAAUGGCUCCCGUAAAUGAAGAUUUUUUUCGAGCUAACCGAAAAAUAAGCAUCGGAGAAGAAAUUACAACUUAUUACGGCUCUUCAUAUUUUGGUUAUAAUAACAGCGAAUCAAAAUGCCCCGUACAAAGUGAUACAGAUUCGAACGUGGAAGAACGUGAUAAUUUACUGACAUAUGCUAUUUGUGGCUCAUAUUUUUUGUACAAGAGUUGGCUGAAAAGACAUAUUACAUCUCAUAUGGACCCAUCGGUGAGUUGUGAUCGUUGCAAUAAAGUUUUCAAAAGAGGUGACUCCUUAAAAAGACACAUAAAAUCGAUGCACGAAACAGUUUCUUACACCUGUAAAACCUGUUCAAAGUCUUUUAACACAACUUCCAAUUUGAAACGGCAUGAAAAUACCCAACAUAGUAGCAAGACCAAAAUGACUUGUGAAAAAUGCGGGAAAACAUUUACAAAUAAGCAGAAUUUAUCUUAUCACGAUAAUAUAAAACAUACAGGGGUCAAACCGAAUAAAUGUGACACAUGCAAUGAAGAGUUUGGAUCACCAUGCUACCUGAAAAUACAUGUGAAUAAGGAGCAUUGA